GCAUUUUUAUAAAACAGGCAUACUAAACUUCACAAAUAUGUUCUUUGUGUAUUUGUAAUGUUUAUAACUGCAUGAGAAAAGAAACAAAGUCACAGAGCAGAAGGUGUUCUUUUGUCCAGGGCAGGAUGAGCAUCUUCAAAAGUAAAGGAAACCACAGGUGUAAAAAUGUACAUGAUUGAAGACUGCAAGACGUAUGUUCAAAUGCGUGACGCUUCAGGCCGGAUGAAUGUCUAUAGAUUUUAACACAAAGCUUGUGUUUAAGAUGGAUUACUUGUACAUUAAAAAUACAGCUUUUUUUCUGACCCUGUUUAUAGUUUUCAUCCUCUAUGUGAACAUUGAUGCACAAGAUCAAUCCGAACAAUGUCCUGUUUUUAAAGUUGUGCGGGGUGUUGUCCAUAAAGUCUGUUUAAACAAACCUUUGAAGAUCUCCUGCAGUCUGAAGACUUGUGAUGAACAGCCCAUCAAUAUUACAUGGAGUAAAUACGAGCACAUGGUCAAAUGGAUGCCAGUAAAUGAAACAGAUCAAAUUUCAUCUUCAAAGAACCAUUCUGGUUUAAAAUACAUAACUUCAUAUUUAGUUUUCACAAAUAUAUCAAAGCAUCAUGAGGGCCUCUACAGAUGUGAUUUUAAGCUACCACAUACGUCAGCAUUCAGCCACCAUAUAAACAUCUCAGUCUCAGAUAACAGCAAUGGAACUGAAAUGUCUUGUGAUGAAAUGGCAGAAGCAAAAAGCAAUGAUUCAGAUCCAUUGUGGCUGCGUUAUUUAUUUAUCUGUAUUGGUGUAGUGAUUCUGGUUUUCAUUGUAAUGCUUAUCUCCAGUAUCAGAGGAUUUAACUGUUUAAGAAAAUGCAAUGCCCAGAAAGUGCAGGAUCAGCGUACAUCAAAAUUCAUCUUGACCACACCUGUGAAAAAUAUUCUGAAGGACGAUGAAUUUGUUUGUGUCCAGUACUCAGAAGUAAGAUAAAUUAAAGAAAAAAUUGUGAUCGCAUAGACAUAUUCAGACUGUUUCUAGGGAUAGACAAACCAGGCAGUCACAUAGGGCGCCACCAGCUCCAGGGGCGCCAAAGAGCGCCUAUACAUUUUGACUUCUGCUUCACUGACUUGAAUGAGUAAAAAAUUAGCACUGCAACAAAAUUAAAGAUAAACUCUGAAUGUCACAUGUUUAACACAGAAUUGACAGCUAAAUAUUUCACCAGCAGACAGAAGAUGUGAUUUGCCCCAAAGUAUUGCAGUUUUGUAAGACUGCAACCUUCUUAUGUAACACAUUUAAUAAUUAUCAAGCAUUGCACUUAGUCAAUAAUUUGACUUUAAGAAAAGCAAUAAAAAACUAUAUUAAACACAAUAAAUGUGUGGUUACUUACUAGAAAUAAAACUAUUCUUACCAUAUUUACAAUGGUAUUUUAUUUGUAGUAAAAAAGUUAUUUGUGCUAAAAUUAUGAUUAAAUAUAUUUUCCUCAUGAACAUAACUGUUCAUUUGUCUCACAAUGGUUAUAAAAUGAGAUGCAUUUAAAUUUUGAUUGUUUACAUGAUCACAUGAUUUUUACAUGAUAAGAAUUUGUAUGUAUGUAAUAUAGCAUGUAUAUUGUAUGAUCUUGUUUAAGGGGGUGCCCAUAGGGGUUUUGCCUAGGCUAGGGCAUCAAAAUGGCUAGGAACUGCCCUAGAGAUAGUUUUGUUAAACUGUAUAAACUUUUUUAUGCUAUACUGGUUAACAGCACUAGAGAUACAUGCCUCAAAUGCAUAAAAUAACACAUUUUGAAACCAUCAUGAUGUUACUUUCCUCAUCACAUCAUGAAAAGGUGUUUCUUUGAGUUCACUGUGGUUUUUAUAGGUGUCAUCCCACACUGAAAACCUGUAACCGUAUCCAGUAUGUGGC